ACUGAGAAGUGUGAUGAAGAACGUUUGAUUACAUAAUGAUGGAAAACUGUUGUGUGCUAACUUUGUCCAGCUUUGUAUUGUAUCUGAUUGUAGAUACAAGGGACAGCAUCAUUGGUACAGUAUCAAUUGACCUUUUGUCAUCAUACAGUUAUGUUCUUAUUACAUAUUUACAGAACAGCUUUCCAGGAUGGGCUACACAUCAUUUUGUCUUUUCGUUCUGAUCUCGAUAACAGCUCAUUCAUCAGCCCAAGAUGCUUCCACAACGGUAACUGCUGCAACAGCAACAACAGCAGCAGCAGCAGCAACAGUAUCAACAGCUAGCAGACGGGGAGCUUCUACUCAUGCAACAGCUCCAGUGUCAGUGACCCCAACGUAUCCGCUGCCCACAGUCUCAGGCGGGUCUCAAGGGCCAGAGACCUCCACCACAACCACGACAAGACCCAGAGUCACCCAAAGUCCUUGGUUCCCCACGGCACCAAUGGGCAGCCCUGUCAGAAACCCCUGGUUGUAUUACCAGCCUUUCUUUCCCCCGUAUGACGCCACGUCAUCCGUCUACAACAUGUACGGUCUUCAAGGGAGUCUUCCGUUUGCCACCCCCUACAGCAAUGAUCUCUCCAGGUCCUACGCUAUCCAGUUACUCCCAGGAUCAGGCGGAAUGUGGCAAUCGCCAGGAACAGGGGCUAAGAAAACACCUGCUCUCCUCAUGCCGACUCAAAAGCCAUCGCUCUGGUUCUAAAGCCGCUUUAUGCCAACUGGCUCAAGAGCUAUGAACCCCCUUCGACGUCUCGGAACAGCCAACACUCUAUUGACUAAAAGCAACAACUGAAAAGCGGCAAGUGAAGGAUCACGUGGUCGGUCAGGACUUAAUCCUCCCUACAGGUUUGGAGAUCUCAUCGCUUCGGAUUGGGGCAUUGACAGAUGUACAGAGUUCUUAUCGUGCCCUUAUUCAUUAACUCACUGAGGAUGCACAUUCUAGUUUUUCGACAGCGCUUGAAGAUACGCUGUUUUGGGGAUAUAACUUGAUUAUUCAAAUAGAUUUUCCUAUUUUGUUUUUGUUUAUUUGAAACUUUAAAAGGCAUGCAACAAUAUGCAUACUUUGAAAUAUAUAAAUUUGUGUUUCCCUUCUGCGUAUGAUGUUUCGACAUGCAUCGAAACAUUGUAUAUUGGUUUGCUGCUAAACAGACAAUGUGUCUGCUACAUCCUCAAACAGUUUUUAAAAAGAUGUACCUCAGUUUUCACAUGUAUCUCCGAGUUUUGAGUAUGUUACUAUUAAACAUUUGGAAGAGGGUUUGGAAAUACAUGUAUUCGUCUUAGAAAUAUAGCUUCUCUGUGGCUCUGUAAAGGUAGGCCCUAUAUAAAAAUCAUUCGAAUUCAUGCUUGCUUGUUAUUUUACAAUAGUUGUUAGUUCCUAUUUGACUUUAAACGGUGUAUAAAAUAAACACGCUGUAGCAAA